AUGCCUGGAGCGAUAUCUGUGCAAUCUCAAAAGCUGAUUCGUAAGAGGUGUUGUUUCACAUCCCUCCCCAUAGCAUGGCUUAUCGAACGCCAGGUUAUAUCCAAGAACUAUAUAAAGUCCAUGGAAUACAUCUCGAAGAAGAUUGAUGAGUUUGCACAAUCCUCGCCCGAAAAGAUCAAAAGUAUUGAACUCAAGCCAGUUCGGUAUUUUUACGCGUUGGACGUCCUUAAAUACUUGGAAGAAACAGACACAGCAAAGGACAUUUUUGGACGUGCAAGUGCUUCCGUUCGGGAUCUGCAGCGUAAAGUAACAGAUUUUACUGCGACCCAGCACUCCAAAGAAUUUGAACUUGAACGAUUUUGUAAGGAGUUCGACAUCAAGGACGAGCACGCACGCCUUCAGCUUCUGGAAAAAGCCAGCACUCUUCCGGGUAUCCUAAGUGAUUACGUCGAAAGCCUGAAACUCCUUGAACCUUGUAGUAGUGAUAACAAAGGUAGUCGUCAGGUCUGCCCAACCCUCCGAUUGCUAAUCAAUUCUGGUCAUGUCACUGUCUAUCAGUGGCGUACAGGUCAUGCUCCAAGUAGUGUGGGUGAAAGCGAUGAUUGUCUGCUCAAAAUGAUUGAACUGGAGAAAAAGGCAAUCGAAGCUGAGGCAGCAGAAGCUCUGAAUGAAGACCAAGAAAUUGAUUUUGCAGAUCUGGACGCGGAGGGCGAGACUGACUUAGCUGACAUUGACUUUGGCACAGACUUGCUCAGUGGUAUCGACAUUGUCGACUUGUCAAAAGCUGCAGAUGAAGAUGUUUCAAGUCAGCCAGCUAGCAAAGCGAAAACGGUGGCUACGGGGGCCGAUGCGCGUCUUCUGCUGGACUCCACGAUGGGCCGAAACGCCCUCAUAAAUGAUCUAGAAGAGUUAUCUGCCUUCCUGCUUCGUAUCAGAGAAAAUCUUAUUGAAUUUCAAGCUGCUGAUUUUCAUUUGCCUGAGGUGAAGAAGCAGAAGGCUGGUGGUCUGAACAUUGAUUCAAUAGCGCCAAUCUACCAACAAAUAAUGCUUGACGCGCCUGCCGAAGUUAGGUCAAAGACUCUUGAAGAUGUUGAUUCCAUGUCCUCAGCUGUUCAGAGAGCUUUCAGUAUGAUAACUAACGAGACAAUAACUCAUCUCUCAUUGUUGCGUCUCAAGCCAAGCUAUCUGGAGCGUCUCAUCUGCAUGAUACAAGACCUGCAUCAGCAGGUCAAUCGGUCGCGUGCUCGUGUCGCCGAAUUGAAAGCCUCUGUACAGCAGGCGAGCGAAGAACUGGACAAACUGCACAACGAAAUGACUCAGUGUCUGCAAGAGCGUGGACAGCUUGUUACCUAUUUGGAGAAGGAGCUUUCAAAGUUGUAUGACAGGGAUAUUAAGCUCGUCGGUGCAGCGAUUGCUAUUGGGAGUGCAGACUGUAAGUGCGGUCGUCCGUUGGGUGGUGCUGUUCGCCUGUCGUACGCGGCAUUGAGUCGUAGACAGCCGAAGGCCCGUCAGGUGGGGUAA